AGUCAGCAGCAGGCAGCUACAGUCCUGCAGAAGAGAGAGAGUGAGGGGCGGGCAGAGUGAGGGGCUGUGUGCAUACUCACACACUGAGGAGGAGAAAAGCAGAAGUCACAGCGAAGUAGGGGAAGCUCUUCAGUCAGUUAAAUCAGAUCGCCUUGACUCGCUCUCCUUCAGAAAUGAAUGAAACAGGAUCCAAAUGGAGUAUUUCUAGGGCAAAGUGACCAUUGUAAUGUUCCACUUGAGUGUUUGUUUGGGUUAUUCUUCUUUCAUUUGCUUGGUUGGACCAAUGCAGAACAUUUCUCCAGACUACUCAGAGCUGUUAACACAUCUGACCCCCAAAUGCAAGGUUCAAAGACUCUCUAAGAGUUGGUAGUUGGGAGGCACUCAGAGAUCUAAGAGCCAGGGGAGUCCAGUCUUUCUGCUCAAUAGACUCCAGUUGCUUCUUGCCAAGGAACCUUUUAACCAACCAAUCAUCCAGCAGUUCCUGAAGCAAGAAGCUAAAGGAACGGAUUUCCUUCUUGAGGACGUGGUGCUUUAUAUGGUCCAAAGCCCUCCAGGUUCUCUAGGAAAUGAAAUUUAACCAUCAAUAGUAGUCUCUCUCUCUCUCUCUCUCUCUCUCUCUCUCUCUCUCUCUCUCUCUCUCACACACACACACACACACACACACACACACACACACAUACACACACACACACAAGCACACACACACAACAUAUUUUCCUCUCUUCAUCAUCAUCAUGGAGAACCACAGCAAAGUCGACAGCCCAACCAACACAUCCCUGAUGGGCAGCAAUACUGUCCUGGGCCUGAUUGAGUACAAGACUGUGUCUGUCUUUCUGGUACUCCUGAUCUGUGGAGUGGGCAUCAUUGGCAAUAUGAUGGUCGUACUAGUUGUGUUGACCACUCGGGAUAUGAGGACACCCACCAACUGCUACCUGGUCAGCCUGGCCUUGGCUGACCUCAUGGUACUCCUGGCAGCUGGACUGCCCAAUGUCUCCGAUAGCCUGGCUGGGCAGUGGAUCUAUGGGCAUGCUGGCUGCCUUUGUAUCACCUAUUUUCAGUACCUUGGGAUCAAUGUCUCUUCUUGUUCCAUCAUGGCAUUCACUGUGGAGAGGUACAUAGCUAUCUGCCAUCCUAUAAGGGCCCAGACAGUGUGCACAAUAUCCCGGGCCAAGCGCAUCAUCUCGGGGGUCUGGGUGGUCACGGCGGUCUACUGCAUGCUAUGGUUCUUCCUGGUUGACAUCAACAUCACCAAGAGCAAAAGUCUGGAGUGUGGUUACAAGGUUUCCCGGAACCUCUAUUUGCCCAUCUACCUGCUGGACUUUGCCAUUUUCUUUGUCACCCCUUUGGUGGUGGCCACUGUCCUCUAUGGGCUAAUUGGGAGGAUACUCUUCCUAAGCUCCCUCUCCCACCUACCCAGCUGUGCAGGCACAGAGGGCUGCCCGGAGGGGAGUGCCACAGAAAGGGGACAAGGCACCAAGGCAGAGCAGGGCAAGGCUGCCAGUCGCUCUCGAACCAAAGGGGCUCUGUCUUCCAGGAAGCAGGUCACCAAGAUGCUGGUUGUGGUUGUAGUCCUCUUUGCUGUCUUGUGGAUGCCCUACCGGACCCUGGUCCUAGUGAAUUCCUUUAUGGACCACCCUUAUCUCGACCCAUGGUUUCUUCUAUUUUGUCGCACCUGUGUCUAUGCCAACAGUGCCAUCAACCCCAUCGUUUACAAUCUCAUGUCCCAGAAGUUCCGGAUGGCCUUUAGGAGGUUGUGCAAAUGCCCGGAGGAAGAGCCCCAAAGGAGAAUGGUCUAUCUGACUACCACUAGCUAUAGCAUGGUACAGGAGUCCUUCCAAGCCAAGCCCAAGACCUUGGGCAAGAAGCAAAGGCAAACUCAACCACAUUUGGCACAGGAGCAGGUGGUUGAGGGUUCCCAGCCAGCUGGUCAAUCAGUUAGUCAAGAAAAACCAUAUUUCAGUGUGGUCUAGCACCUUCCUGUUAUAUCCUUCCUUGCUUUCUCCUUUUUCUCUUAUAGCCCAUGCAUGAUUAAGUUCUGCUGAUCUAUAACCCCUUAGCCUCUAAGACCCUUGAAGUGGAUGAGAGAGGAAGGUGCCAGAAUGGUGAGGAGAUAUUACCUUAACACUGAGAAAGGCUUUUCCUACCAACAGAUUGGAAAGUCUGGUGGGCAACUCUAGACAUUGCUCUGGAAAUCAUAGCAGUAGGGUGAAGAAUAUGGAGAUAGAAGAUAGUCCAUAUGGAGAAGGAACUGGUAGUAAGUGUAGGCAGUCUAAUUGUAAACCAAAUCUUUGUCUUUUUUCUACUUCUCCAACUACACAGAUUCCUGAUGGCUAAUGUGAGGUUGACCCAAUGAAUCUUCUUCCCAAGGACCCAAAGGAAGGAGAGGCAUUAGCUAGCUGGUAAAUAGCCGGAAAAAUGGAAAUUGACCAUAUUAGGGCACAAAAAGAUAGGGUUUUAGACCUAAUAUACAUAAUCCUAAAAUGAAGUCUCUUUAAAGGGGGAAAAGGGUAAGACUACACUGAAAAAUAGCACCAUUUGAAGGCAAUGCUUAGAUUUUCUGCCAACUAGGCUUGGAAAAAUAAUAAGGCCUAUAUUCAGAUCAAUGUAGGACUCUAGCUAAGGGAUAUUUUCGUUUUAUUUAUUUAUUUUAAACCUUUGCCUUUCAUCUUGGAUUCAAUACUAAGUACUGGUUCCAAGGCAAAAGAUCAGUAAGGGCUAGGCAACUGGGGUUAAGUUACUUGCCCUGGGUCUUCAGGUCCAGUGUUCUGUUCACUGCACCAUCUAGCUACUCCUUUUCCUUUUGCAUUCAGAACUUGACAUCUGAAAGAACCCAUUGUGAAGGCUGUAGAAAUAGGCUGCUGGAGGGACCUAGGGAAAGGAUGUCUGCCUGUAGGACCAGAAAGCCUGAGGCUUGAAGGGGAGUAAAAUCAUUGCCCGAGAUGCAUCCUCCAUUGGCAAGUACCCAGUGAGCUCAUGGAAGACCAGGGCAGCAGCUAGAAGAGCUGAUUCCCAGUUUGAUCAAGCAGUCUAGUAAGCUUUGGGCUGGGAAGGGUUGGGUUACUGAAAGCAAGAGAGGAAUCUAUACUUUCUUGGGCAGGAUGGGUCAACAAUCACAGAAGGUUGGAUUAACUGACUCCCAAAUUUUCAUCUAAUUGAAUUUAAUUGAACACAAUUUAAUAAACAUUUAUAUUAGGGACUUACUACUUAAAAAGUUAUCAAAAGCUGGAAAACAAAGACAAAAGUAAAUUAGUCCUGGCCCUCAAAGAAUUAAAAUUCUCCUGGGAGAGAACUUUCUUCAACUCUAAGAUUCUGUUGUUCUAGGAAAGCUGUUUCCUCCAAGCCCUGGCCUCCAGGCAAAGAUUCCUGGAAUUCAAAAUAUAGCUCCCUGGAAAAAGCAUACAACUAGACUGCUUUUGCCCCUCCCCAUUUGUUCAGUUGUUCUUUCCUGGCAAAUAUCCUGGAGUGGUUUGCCAUUUCCUUCUUCAGCUAAAUUUGCAGAUGAGGAAACUGAGGCUAACACAGGGUUAAGUGACCUGCCCAGGGUCAUAUAGCUAGUAAGUAUCUGAGGCUGGAUUGCAAAGGUCAGUCUUGUUGACUCUGGGCCUUGUGUUCUAUUCACUGCCCUUACCUAGCUUUCCCUGUCCUUAACCCAGGACCGUAGGCCAAUGUCUAAUGGUCCUAAGGGGGUGCCCAACACUCCCUGAGACUUUGCCUUUGAUCACACAUUGUUUGGUCAAAUGAGGGACAUUUUUGUACUUCAAUUUUUCCAUGAAGAGUUGCUAUUUAAUUAGUUCUGAUUAGGGCAAAUAAUGAAUUCCCCUGAAGUACUUUAGUUCUUUUUUAAAUUAACACUCCAUCUUUCCAUUCAGCUGGAACCAAUUACCACAUUUGACAUAAUCAUAACUUCAAAUUGUGCUAAUUCAAAUAGGAAUUGACCAUUUCAUGAGAUUCAGUAUACGUGUGCCUUCCAGAGAGAUGAUCUGUUGUUCAAUAGCUCAAUGGGAAGGAGAAAUCAAAGGAGACAGAAAUUCAGAUUUUAGACACUGUAUCUGCUUGGAGAGACCAUGUAGCUCCUCAACUUCUUCCUUCACCACCAAACAGUGUGGUGCAGUGUAAUGGAAGGAGCGCUGGGUUGGGCAUCAGUGGCAGCUAGAUGGCAAAGAGGAUAGCAUGCUGGUCUUAGAAUCAGGAAGACUUAUGUUCAAAUCUAGCCUCAGACCUUGACUGUGUGACCUUGGGCAAGUCAGUUAACAUCUAUUAGGCUGUUUUUUCAUCCAUAUCAUGGAAAGAAUAAGAAUACCUACUUCCUGGAGUUGUACUAAUAAAAGGAGAUAAUAUGCAUAAAGUAUUUUGCAAGCCUUAAAAAUGCAAGGGAAAUGAUCAGGGGAUAGUUGAUUUGGUAUUGCUGCCAAUUAGAUGGUUGACAGCCAGAGAUAAAGAAAAAGGCAGCUUAUUACUUGGGAAAACAGGCUUCAUUGAGCCUGGAGCAUCAGUUUUAAGCUACAUUAGAUAGGUUUUGGUUACAGCAGAAGGAGAAGUAUAAUGGAAUUUUGAAGAGUAAAUAAGGGCAGGUAAUGAUUUACUCUUCAAAGAAAAGAUGGCAGAAGGGAAAGAUUCGUAUCAGGUACAAUAGAAACUAGCCAGUUAAUUCUGCACCAGUGGCUCAUAUCUGGAGCUCAACUUUACAGACUAGUUAGGCAAUGUCUUUGUCCUAAAUAAAAUGCAAAUAGGAAAGUUAGGUCAGAGAUUCUAUUAUCACAAGCACUAUAUAAAUGCUAAAUAUUAUUAACUGGGUGACUUCGGACAAGACUCUCAAUCUCUAUUUCUGAGUUUCCUCAAAAAGGGAAGGGUUCUAAUGCCUUCUGGCUCUGUCUGAACCUGCUUAUGAGUCUUGGCUCUACUACUUACCACCUGUGCAACACUUUCUGCUGAAAUAAGCAUGCAUUAUACCCUAACUUGUAAAAGGUUCCCUCCUAGAGAUAACAGCUAACCCUCCCAAGAGAGCCUGCAUGUAUUGGUACUGUGAUUCUGUGUGCAUGAGUGUACAUGUGUGUGUGUGCGUGUGUGUGUGCGUGUGUGUGUGUGUGUGUGUGUGUGUGUGUGUGUGUGUGUGUGUGUGUGUGUGUGUGUAGUGCUCAUGUAUUGCACCCCAUGCCCUAAAAAUGCCAGUUCCCUGAGACAGGGACCAGCUUCUGUAUUGUUUUCUAUAGUGUAAAGUGCAAUAAAUAUUCAAAGGCACCACCAA